AUGGCUCAAUCCGGUUAUGGGUACGACCCGAUGCAUGGCUACCAUCCACAGGCUCCGUAUGCGCAUCAGCCGUACCCCUCAUAUCCCGCUUCAACUCACAGUUAUCCAAAUGGCGCUGUGCAAACCAUUGUACACAACGAACCAGCUCCCAGAGAUUCGUAUAAUCCGCACAAUGUGAUUCCCGGACUAGGCCUAAAUUUUUCGCAAAAUACGGCACAGUGGCCGGCUCCCUGGGCAACCCAGCAGCCUUCGUUUGGGCGGGCACCUCCUGCCGCUACUGAAAAAAAUGGCCCUUCGCAGCAAACUGAUAUGAGCGAGGAAGGCGAGGUCAGCGAAGGCGAAGUCGAGGAUGUUUAUGAGCCAAGAGGUGCUGAGGUUAUCGCCGAUUUACCAUACGCACAUGGAAAUACAGGCUACUCCGCUGGGUUUAGCAAUCCGAAUGGCAUACAGGUGGCUGAAGAUCCAUCAGCCGCCUUCUCUGCCGGUCGGGAUCGAUCAGGUUCAUAUUCCCCAUACCUAUCGCCCCAAGAAAUCGACCACCAAGCCAUGGCUGAUUCUCCUGAUAAACCACAAUCGAACCCUCCAAAAUCAUCACAGUCGUCCCCCAAAACAAGCGAACCGAACCAUAUUGUAUCCAACGCAUCGCCUGCCAAGAGCAUUACUACUGCGCGAAAACAGGCUCAGGAUGCCAUCUUACGACUUUGGCCAUUAAACGUACGAUAUCAGAAUUACGUUGAUGAAGGAAUCGACGAGACGCUAUUAGGUGGUCUCUUCGAAGAGUUAGGAUUUGAUAAGGCCUUACCAAGUAAUAUCACGGCUACCGAGUCUAGCCAUGAAAAAGAGGCAACAUCGGGAACAAAAGAUGAGACACUGCACACCGACAGCAACCAACGACGAAAUAGCACCGAAGAGAACCCUGCCAGCGCGCCGGUGAAAGACAAGUCGGAAGAGCGCAAGGAUCGUAUUGCGCGACUCCUAGCUGCAAAAAACUCAAAGCCAAGCACCUCAGCGGCAGUGGCUUCAUUCCCCACUCGUGCACCUGGCUCCGUAUCAACUCCCUCUUCUCACACACCAGUUCCAAGACAGCAAGGUUCAGCAAAGACGCAAUCUGAGAAAUCAAAGCUUUUGUAUCAGAAGAUGGAGGCUUUGCGAAAGGCUCGUGAGCUUGAGGCGCGAGGACAAAAGCGUCCUCAUUCAGACGUACUCUCCCAUCGAAAUCACCCAGCAAAGAGCAAUGUCGAUGGUUCUACCGUCACCGCGACAGCCUCCUUCGAUACGUCCACUAGCGGCAUGCAUCCUGCCUCGAGGGAACAUACGCCUGGCCAGAGUGAGAGCCCCAAUGGACAGCUUCCUCAGUCCAUCCCUGGACUUUUCCUCUCUUCUACGCCACAGCCCUCACACUCUAUACAACUAUUGAAUUUGGAGCGUCCAGCUUCGACGAGCUUGGUGGAUUCUAAUCCCAGGCCAUUUAAGCGUCCUUUUGGCCAGACCAGAAGAUCUCGUCCAUUUCUUAUUGAUGUCAGCGACGAUGAAGAUGAUACUGAAAUGGAUAUUGACUCUCCCGAGCAGAAGGUAGUAUCGUUGGCUUCGAGGCCACAUCCAACGCUAAAGACUUCUAUUUCUCUGCGCAGCAUUCCAUCGGCUAGCGACAGCGCGGCUGCAGCACAGCAAUAUUCGAGCCCACUAACAUCGCCUCCUAGCGGCGGUGGCGACAAUCACGCAAGAAAUAACUUGGACAGCAUGACCAAGAAAAUUGAAGCCAUGAAACGAAGGAUCGCAGAGGCUGAGGCCCGUAAGAAAGCAAGGCAGUCGCGACCAGAGUCACCGGCUCUACCAACAUUGAAUGAUGAUUCUCCCAAUAGCAGUUUUGAGGCGGCCAUUGCCAACAAGGAUACGGUUGUGCCUGCACUCUCAUCUAUCGAACCUCGAGAGCUCUCUCGUUCAACGCCCUCAAUAUCGGGCCCAUCCCCUGGGGUGCUGCAUCAGUUAUCAGAAUCGAGCCCUCAAAGUGGAAACGAACGACGGCGCAGUCGAUCGCGUGCGGCCAGUGAGCGUCUCCCAGUCAUUGAAGCUCGCCGUCGAGAGCAACAACUCAAGCUGCAACUCUUGCAGGCUCAAGUUGCAAACAUUCAACGCGAAAUUCAACGAACCCUAGAAGAAGAAGAGAAAUUAAAGCUGGAUGUUGGCACUGAGUCGGACAGUGAACAGACACAAGAGCAGCAAGAUGAAGCUCUGACUCCGUCCAAGCCACCAAGUCCUUCUUCUCCGCUAACAGACGCAAUGGACAUCGCGAGCAUAUCGCCUCAAAGUAAUAAUUCUGCUCAACAUGGUCAAGAGGCAUCCUUGCAUCAAAUCGAAGAAUCACUGGAAGAGCACCAGCCCGUCCAAACGGCCAAUACUGCAACUGUAAUCGUCGGUAACGCCAGCCAAGACGCUAUCCAGAGCGCCAUGUCGACAGACGACGACGCCAACGGUACAGCAGCAGUAGAGGAAGCGCAAGACAUGGCCAUAUCGGAAGCCGGCGAUUCCAAUAAUUCAGAGUCUGACGACGGAUCUGAUGACUACGAGCCUCCAGAUGUUGAAUUAUCUAGCCCAUCAAGGAAUCUCUCACGAGCGUCAACCCCGUUUAGUCCUGCACCAGCUGAUCUUGUUUCGAUCCCCGAAACGAGCCCCCAUGGCUUUCAAGAUCAAGAUAAUAUGACAAAUGCUAUCGCCACGCAGCAGAUCUCGACCGUUCAACAGGAUACAGCUUCUGAAAGUGGAAGAGAAGUAGACGUUGCCCUGCAAGCGAAUGGCCGAUCAUUAUAUCUAAUAGCUAAUCAGGUUGACCAAACCACUUUUGUACCGUAUGAAUCGCCCCUUCGAUACUUUCACGCAUAUCGCUUCCAUCCCGAGUAUUCCCAAUCCGUCGCUGGCGGCCUUCGCUCUUUAACAUACAGCAAUAAAAUAGACGUGAAGCAGGAGAUGUGCCCUGAUGAACUGGUCAACAACAGCUGUCCGAGGGGCAAAGAGUGCGAGUUUCAGCACUUUGAGAGCAUGCAAGCUCCGGAUGACCAAAUCCUCCUCCAGCUUGGCGCUCAUGGCGACUUUGAGGAGCAGAAGAAACACGAGUACAUCAGCGGACUGCGGCAUCUGUUGACGGAUUUCCGAAACCGCAAAGUCAAGGACUUCCAAACCAUCAGCCAGGGCAUUAUUGACUACCGAGCCCAAUUCCUCGGAGACAAGAGCAAGAUUCUCCCCCUGGGUGGCGUUACGAUUUGA